UAUGGAACAUUAAAUAAGGCCGGAGGGAUUACAUUUCCCAUUUUCCCCUUCUCCGGUCUAUUUCAUGCUUUCUUCGGCUCCAUUUUAAUUUUGUUUCCGCAAUUCUUUUACUCGUUAAUCCGUAGAAGUUUUUUGCGCGUUGUUACCUUUCGAAGUCUUCUUCUCCUCCUUCUCUUUCUUUUGGAAUUCUCUGGAACUUUCUUCCAAACAAACAAACAGAAGUCAGAGAUAAAGGAGAAGGAACGAACAACAUGGCUCCAAUGGCGUCUUCUGCAGUGGCCAAACAAGCAGAGCAAUUGCGACAAGAUGGAAACCUCUACUUUAAAAGAGAUCGAUUUGGAGCCGCCAUUGAUGCUUACACUGAAGCAAUUGCGUUGUGCCCUAAUGUGCCAGUUUAUUGGACUAAUCGUGCGUUAUGUCAUCGCAGGAAAAAUGAUUGGGCAAGAGUUGAGGAAGAUUGUCAAAAAGCACUACAGCUUGAUAAUAGUUCCGUCAAGGCGCAUUAUAUGUUGGGGCUUGCUUUGCUUCAGAGAAAAGAAUACAGUGAAGGAGUCAAAGAAUUGGAGAAGGCUCUAGAUCUGGGACGAGGUGCAAAUCCAAAGGGUUAUAUGGUAGAAGAGAUUUGGCAAGAACUUGCAAAAGCAAAAUACUUGUUGUGGGAACAUGAAUCUAGCCAGCGUUCAUGGGAGCUGCAGACCUUGAAAGAAGCCUGUGAAGAAGCUCUUAAGGAAAAACAUAUGUUGGCUUCUUAUGAAAUGGAAGGGUUUAUUGAUGAAGCUGCUGUUGGCAAUGUGAAACAGUUAAAGGCUUUGGAGCGUGUUUUUAGGAAAGCUGGAGAGUGUGACAUACCAUCUGAGGUUCCUGACUACUUGUGUUGUAGAAUCACACUUGACAUUUUUCGGGAUCCUGUCAUUACACCAAGUGGAGUCACAUAUGAACGAGCCGUUAUCCGUGAACAUCUUGAGAAGGUCGGAAAGUUUGACCCAAUAACGCGUGAACCACUUACUCAAUCCCAACUAAUACCAAAUUUGGCUAUAAAAGAAGCAGUUCAUGCAUAUCUAGAGGAUCACGGGUGGGCUUAUAGGACAGACUAGACAUUAUACUCCAAGCUUCUUACGGUUCUGGUCUCAACUUAAAGUGAGUUCAAGGACCCUUCUUGAGGCGUGUAUGAUCUUUCCUCUGGCCCAGUUACUAUGAUCACAUCCUGUUUACACCAGUGUAGUUGUUUGUAUGGUUCAUAUAUUCCUUUCAUUCUUGUCGAGAGGUGAUAUUAAUCUUUUUAUAAGCUUUAAAUUUACUGUGAGACAGUUGAGGGCUCGAGGUUGUAAAGUUUGUAGUCGUGUACAGUUAGUAAACUUUUCUUGAGUGAAAAAACAAAAGAAAUUGUCUUAAAUUUCUUAGUUUUAUCAUCGCUUUGAUUCCCA